AAGAGGCAAAGUCCCACAGCUGCAGGAGAGCUGUGUACUCAUAUAUAUAUAUAUGUGUGUGUGUGUGUGUAUAUAUAUAUAUAUAUAUAUAUAAACCCUGCCUGAAAGAAACGCCUGAAACAACAGGACUCUGAAAUUUUGGCUACUUGUGAAAUCAGAAGAGGUUUUCUCCCCUCCUCUUAUGCUGUCACUUGGAUGUGAGUACUGUGAGCCAAAGAAGACAUGAAAGGACAGAAAAUACCAUCUCUUCUCAUCUACUUAUUUGACAUAGGUGCUAUACUUUGGGGUUUUACAGAACAGGAAACAGUAACUGGGCUGUUUUCCAAGGAUUGCAUCCUCCCUUGUCCUUUCCCACCUGGGGAUGAAGAAGUAAUUUACUGGAAUAAAGGGGGCAGAGAAGUGCACACCUACUACUACCAAAGGGAUCAGCUGAAAAGUCAAGACCCAGAUUACAGACACAGAACACACCUUUUCCAUGAGAACAUUCCUAGUGGAAACGCCUCCUUGAAACUUAGUAACCUGACCUUGACUGAUGAGGGCCUUUAUAGUUGCUAUGUGGGAACACAGCAAGGUAGAACAGAAGUGGAAGUCAAGCUGCACAUAAGAGUUUCCUCUUAUUAUGCACUGGAAUACCAAAAGACAGACACAGAAAGGAUACUGAAGUGCUAUGCCUUUCUCACUUAUCCAGCACCACGUAUAUCUUGGGUACAAGGCAAUACAUCCAUACAGGAAACAAAUCGGGAGGAAACAAGGGAUGGAGUUCUCUAUUCUCUUAGAAGUAACCAGAACAUUGUAAACACAGCUGAUCCUUACUACUGUUAUAUUCAUCUCCCUCAUGAAGAGUGGUCUGCUGAAUGGAAGAUGCGAGACCAACUGUCUAACUUCGAAGGAAGUAGCACUACAAUUCCCUGUGAAUUCAACAAUGUCACUGCAAACACUGAAGGUUUCAGUGUUGUCUGGACAUUAAACAGAAAUGCAGCGAUUUCAGUCCUGGCUUCCUUCAAUGGUACAUCUCACUCUUACCAGCCUCGAGUCCAGAUUAACCAAAAUGACUUUUCACUUAUGUUGCACGAUCUUACUGCAAGUGACAGCGGAGAAUAUAUGUGUAAUAUUUCAACACAUCACUACACAAAACUUACUGUGAGAACUUUGCAAGUUGAUAAUUCAGGUAACACCAGGAUAAUUAUGCCAGUGAUCGGUGGCAGUAUUGUUGCAGUGAUCGUCGCAGUGAUUGUGGCAGCAAUGUUCUGUUCACGGUACAAGGACCUGUUGAGACCUUUAACAUACCAUAAUCAGAGGAAGUGGAACAGUUUACAGGUUAAUUCAGCUUUGAUUACAUUGAUGGAGGACUAGAUGGAAGAAACGGGAAUGUUUCUGCACUGUUCAUGUUUAUUUUACUCAGCUAAUGUUAAAAUGGAAAAUACUGGCUUAUCUCUAUAGUGUACUGGCUUAUCUUUUUAGUGAGUGUGUUUUGUUCUGUUCCCACUAGAGGAUUAAUUUUGAACAUCAGUAGUUCUUACAGACAUUUUUGUUUUGACUAGGAAUGCAACAGAGGAGGAACAGGGACCCAUUGCCACAAAAAUCAGACUCUAGAGGAAGAACAACAUCACUUUAAUUCAGACACUACC